AUGGAUGUAGGACAACAGACAAAUGAUGAAAUGUUCAAAAUAGACGCCGCCACCCGCCAGGGGAACGCACGCCGUCGCCCGCCAGACCAGGGGACCGCCGCUGCCAGCCGGGGGAACGCACGCCGCCGCCCGCCAGGCCAGGGGAACACUGCCGCCAGACCGGGAACGCCGCCGCCAGACCGGGGAACGAAGACUCAAUAUUGUAAAAAGGACAAUACUACAAAAGGCGAUCUACUUUUUGAACGGAAUCCCAAUAAAAUACCAAUUCGACAGACUCUGAUGGCGCCGGAGGCUCGGGAGGACCCGGCCCAGGGUCCCGGGGCUGGACCAGGGCUGAUGGACGCUGCCCAGGUGAUCCUGAGGACGCUGGUGCACGCAGGGCCACGCAGGCUGACGGCCCCGGGGGCUGGUAGCUGUCCGGCAUGUAGGCUGAGGCAUGAGGCACGCAGGAUGCAGCGCCAGGGUGCUGUGACCUUUGAACACCUGGCUGUGAACUUCUCCCAGGAGGAGUGGGGGCUGCUUGAUGAGGCCCAGCGGCUCCUGUUCUGCGAUGUGAUGCUGGAGAACUUUGCGAACCUAACCUCCCUGGGUUCUUGGCAUGGAGCUGAGGAUAAAGAGGACUCUUCAAAGAGGUGCGCGGUGGGGAGAGACCAUAGGAGUGUGCAGAGUGCAGCAAGUCCUUCCGGUACAAGCGUCUGCUCAUCUAUCACGAGAGAGUUCACACUGGAGAAAGGCCUUACAAGUGUGAGGAGUGCAGGAAGGCUUUUAGAGAUUCAGCAUCAGAAAAUUCACACUGGAGAGAGGCCUUACGAGUGCAGCGAGUGUGGGAAGUGCUUUAAUCUUAGGUCUGACCUUAACAAGCACCAGAGAAGUCAUACUGGAGAAAGGCCUUUUGAAUGUAGUGAAUGUGGAAAAUUCUUUGACCGCCAGUCUCUCCUCCAUAAGCAUAGGAAAAUCCACUCCACUGCUACCCCAUACGAGUGCAGCAAAUGUGGAAAAUUCUUCAGUUACUGCUCCUACCUGAACAAUCACAGGAGGAUGAACGCAGGAACGGAGCUAUAUGAAUGCUGUGCGUGUGAAAAAUCCUUCCACCAGGGCUCCAGUCUCGUACAGCAUCAGAGAAUUCACAUUAGGUCCAAGGCCUACGAGUGUGGUGAGUGUGGGAAGUCGUUCAGUCGCAAAUCGCUGCUCAUUUACCCACCAGAGGAUUCACACCGGGGAGAGACCGUACCAGUGUGUGGAAUGUGA